AUGCACGAAAUCAUAACUUUACAAUUUGGACAUUACUCCAAUUUUGUAGGAACUCAUUAUUGGAAUGCACAGGAUGCAUAUUUUACUUAUAAUGAUUCACCUAAUUCUCCCGAACCUGAAAUUAUUCAUGAUAUACACUUUCGUACAGGUAUUUCUCAAAAGGGAAUUGAAACUUAUACGCCACGAGUAAUCAUUUAUGAUUUAAAAGGUGGAUUCGGACAAAUUAAAAAAAUGAAUAAAUUAUAUGAAGAUUUUACAACAACAAAUUAUAGUAAAGAAAGUUAUCAAUUAUGGAAUUGGGAGGUUGAAACUUAUUCUCAGAUGCCAUAUCCGAAAAAUGAAUUUUUGAGGAGUCUCGAUGAAGAGGAAGAAAAAGCAUUUUCUGCGGAACCCAUAAAUGACGAUAUUGAAAUUGAUUUUGAAGAGAAAAAUUUUAAUUUGAAUGAAACGGUGAAAACAUGGUCAGAUUUUAAUAGGAUAUAUUAUCAUCCCCAGAGUGUUUAUACCAUCACAGAAUUUCAACAUGAUGAUGAAUUUUCCCCAUUUGAUGUAUUUACUUAUGGAAAAAAUGUAUUCUCAAAAAACAAAAAUGGAGAAGAAAAUUCUUUUGAAAAAAAUUUUAGAUUCUUUGCUGAAGAAUGUGAUUCAAUACAAGGAUUUCAAGUAAUUGUAAACACUAUUGAUGGAUUCGGUGGAUGUGCGAGUAAUUUUCUUGAACAAUUACGUGAAGAGUAUCCAAAAAAUACAAUUUUAAGUUUUGGCAUAACCGAAUCACCAAAAUUGGCAUCAUCACCGGAAAAUGUUAAUUUCAUACAUAUGAGAGAUCUUGUAAAUCGAUUAACAUGGAGAGGAAAUACAAAAAUUGGAAUUCUUGAUUUAAUAUUUCCUUUUCCGAUUAGUGAAUUUGGAGAUAUUCAUUUUCAAAAUAUAAUUUCAAAAAAUAUCAAAAAUGGAAUUAGUAUAGAUUUAUCAAUGUCGCAAGUUCAACAAAUUAAACAAAUUCAAAGAAUUCAACAAGUUCAAGAACAAAUCUAUCCUCCAACAAUAUUUGGACAAUCUGUUGUAAUCAGAGGAAUACCGAAUACAUUUAAUUAUGUUUCAAGAAGAGAUAAUCCAAAAAAAUCUACGGAUAUCACAACAGAUAUAUUUCAACAAUAUAAAUCUUUGAAAAGUGAGAUGGAUUUUUUUUAUUCAACCAAUUUAGCUUAUCCUAUUCCAAAUUCCUUUCCCAAAAUAUUUAAGAAUCUAAAUUCAAAUGGAUAUGUUGAUGAAUUUACGAAUUCAUCAUCAUUAAAUUCCGUUAAAUCAAUUCCAACUCUUUCCCGUCUAACUGUUUCCACUCAAGUACAAGAAUUACUAAAACUUUAUACAAAUCUACUUCAAAAAAUAAAUUUUAAUCUAUUUCCUGAAUUUCAAGAUGGUGUCGAAGGAUUAUCACAUGAUGAGUUCAUCGAAACAAGAGAAUCAUUAUAUAAUCUUUGUGGAACUUUUGAAAAUGAUCAUAAUAUUUAA